ACUACUGUUGCAUUUUCCUACGAAACUACGUAAAAUAUUGCUGGUAUUAUAGCUCUAGUUGUACAGACACACUUUAGGAGUAACUAUCUAUAUAAAAAAAAACAGUAGCCAGAUGUUUGCAGCUCAAACAAACUUUUUUCGCAUAGCUAGUAUUGUACCAAAUUCUUUUUCUACUUAGCUCUUUCAAAUAAUAAACAGUGUAAUUCUAGCCAAAAAGUCUUCGGUUUGGAUAUUUUAAAACACGCAUUACUUGGAUAAGCUUUUUUAAAACGAACAACCAAGACUCGCACACACUUAACUAAAAACGUUUAUCAAAAUAAUGAUAAACUUUGCAUAUUAAAUUUUAAGAUUAAGUUAUAGCACGUGACAUAGCUCUAUUAUUAUUUUUAAAAAAUCAAUUAAAAAUAAUCCAGGGGGUUGUGUUGGAUAUUAAUAAUGAAUGAAGUCAUAGUUGAAAGCCGUAUGAUAGUUUUGUAACAAAAAAAUACUCCGGAUAUACAGUCACAAUUUCUUGAUAUCAUUGACGGGGUACACUUUAAGUACAUCAGAACAAACAUUACAUCGGCUUGGAUGGACAGCUAAAAUGGGAUUGGGAACAUUUCUGGAAAAUAUGGAUCAACGAUCAUUCUAUGAUAGAAGGAGAUGCUAUUUAGAUUUCUCCUCUGUUAAAAAUAGCUCAUCAAAUCGUUUAAGUCAUUGGGGUCUGGCAUCAACCCCAACUUCACCUGAUGAGCCAACGACUCAAGCAUCUAUGUUAGCGUCGCCAUCAAUGAACAUGCCUGUCUUAUGUCAGGCCUACAACCCGUACUCACCCGCCGCCCAAUCAAUCAUGCAAGCAUCGCCUUCAAAUACUUUCGCGCAUUCACCAGGAAGUUCAACGUACUCCGCAUCACCUAUCAACUCUCCGCAGCAAGCAAUACCACCAGAAGACUUCAUGAGAUAUGGCAUGAGGCAAAAUUUUCGUCAUGCUCUCCCUCAAACACAAGAUUAUGGAUAUUUUUAUAACGACUAUACUGGAAACAAAAGAAGAAAACGUGAUGAAGAGCUUACAAAUGAAGAAUACGAGAAACGUCGGUUACGCCGAGAACGAAACAAACAAGCCGCACUUCGUUGCCGAACAAGAAGACGAGAACGAAUCGAUGCAUUAGAACAGGAAACUUCUCAGAUCGAAGAAGACAAUGAAAAAGUGGAAAAAGAAAUCUUAGGACUUAGAAAACAACUAAGCGAAUUGAAAGAGUUACUCAAAGAACAUAAAUGCUCGAAACAAAUCAACCUAAAUGACGUUCAACAAUCUAAAGCCAGCGAAGUGGCUGUCAAGCCUGAGCCUCAGUAAAAUCAUUAUUUGAAACCACCUUAGAUCACCUCAAGUUUGCAGUUAAUAUCGUAUUACGAAGACAAUGUGGUAUAGCUUUUUAUCGUUACUUUUCUUAUGUGAGCGAAUCACACAUCACGCUGUGUCUUCACACAUCAUGCCAUGUCUUAAAGUAAUCCUGCUACAAGUCAUCAUGUUUACGUUACGUAAUCCUACAAGAAAACAUAAACAAUGACGUCAAAAAUUAUUCGCGAUAAUCUCGCAACAAAUACGGGUUUUUAUAAAAUCCAAUUUUUUUUUAAUUUGUUAAGCGGUUGCCCCUGGGGGUAAAUUCGCGGCUGGCCGUUCAUUAACCCUUCUUCCCAACGGUUUUUUGUGAUGCCUUUAGUAAAUUAUAAACAAAGAACCAUGGGAACGAGGUAGUAUAUAUUAUAACCAUGUUUUUAUAGUUGCUGUAAAUUUUUAUAUUUCACGGACUUGAGUCGCUAAAAUCUUUUUUAUUUAAAGAGUAGUUUUUUUGCUUGUAUUCUUAACGUACAUUAUAUAGAGAAGAAGAGAGAGCUCUUAAAAGAUUAUAUUUGUAGAUUGUUAAAUUAAAUAUUAUUAAAGAGAAAAUCUUAGACGUAA